GCGAAGCCGUUUUGCAUAUUUACGAUGGCUGUUGCUCGAUUUUACCGGCAUCUUCUUUGAAUCUAUAGAGAGCAUAAACCAUUUUACUCACAAUCUAAGUACAAAAUAAAAAAAAAUUAUUUUAUUAAACGGAUAAAUUAAUAUCUACACAAUGGAUAUUAAUAAAAUGGAGAAUGACGACGAAAAGGGGACGCCGGAUAAGAAACAGAUUGAAGCCGAAGAAAAAGAAAUAAUGUUAAAGGCUGACAAUGAAAACAUGGACGCGAGCGCUGAACUAAAUGUAGAUGUCGAAGGUCCCGUAAAAGCUGCUUUAUCAGGUGACGUUACGGAGCAAGGCAGAGAGGUGAAACCAAAGUUUAUUCCCAUAGGAGCUAUUAAAAUGCCAGGUUUCUUUACAAAAAAUUUGGAUAAAGAAAAGUCUAAGGAAGAUGAAUCGGCAAUCGAGAAAGAUAUUGAAAAUGAAAAGACUGAUGACAUUUCUAAGCCAAAGCAUAAUCGUUUGCAGUUUCUUCAUACUUGUCCAUUUACUCAAUUCUUGCACCGACCAAAAAGUAAUGAAGGAAAUACACCAAACAAAAGAAACUUUUUCAAUGUUAAAUAUCCAAAGGUAUUCCAAAGAAAUACGGCCAAUGCAGAGGCUACUCUUGCUUCUAUGGAAACAUUAGAAGACAAACUGGAUUCACCAAAUGAUGGCAUGGAAAAUGUUAAAUUAGAUGUGGCUGAUACAGAGGAAGGGAAAGUUGCUACCAAACUCCCGUUAAAAGAAAGGAUUCGCCAGAAAAAGUUCAUUAUAGAUGACAUUGUGGUAUGUGCUCUGGUGUUGCUGGUGCUGUUAGCCGUCAUCAUUGGCAUCAUCAUAGGGGCACAAGCAGGUCCGCCAACUGAGCGCCCUUUGCGUCUCGGACGUUAUAUGACCACGCUGACUGCAUGUGGACCAGUAGAAGGAACUCUUGAUGAGGGUGUUUAUAAUUUCUACAAUAUCCCCUAUGCUGUACCACCAAUUAAGGAAAAAAGAUUCACAUAUGCCCAACCUCUUAACAAUAUAAGCAUGUGUUGGAAUGGUACUCGAGAAGCACAUGAACGUGGACCACUUUGCAUACAGUUUCUAGAAAAUGGAACCAUCACAGGUGAAGAAGAUUGUUUAACUUUAGAUAUUGUCACACCUCAUGUUCGUUACGACUCUCCAUUGCCAGUGGUAGUAUUGAUCGGAGCUAAUACUUUAGCUGGUGGCAUAAGUCCAACACAGCCUUCUGCUUUAUAUGCUCGUACCAAAGAAGUAGUAUUUGUAAGGCCCAACUUCAGACUAGGUCCAUUUGGAUUCUUGGCUCUAGAUGUUAUAUCUAAGACUAAAUACCCUGAAACCUCAGGAAAUUAUGCAAUUAGUGAUUUGUUGGUUGCAUUACAAUGGGUUAAGCAUAAUAUAAAACACUUUGGAGGAGAUCCGGAGUCUGUUACUUUAUUAGGCCAUCGAGCUGGAGCAACUCUGACGGCAGCUUUGACUACUGUUACCAAAGCUCAUAAAUUAUAUUCUAGAGUAUGGUUAUCGUCACCUUCGGUUAUCUUUCCCGGUGAACCUCUGGAACAAGCUCAUAAAAGUAAUGAUCAGUUUAAACAAAUAAGCAAGUGCAAUGAUAUAGAUUGCUUGCGAAAUAUUUCUGCAAUGGAAAUCUUGACAGCCACUCCAGAUAUUUGGUUGGGUAGUAAUGGCGGUACCCUACCUGUAGCUGGUGAAUUUAAACAUUCCUGGCUAGUACUAGAUGGAGAUUUGCUUAGAGUACAUGCUUAUGAGAGUUGGGAUGCUCAAAAAGAAGCUAAAGAGUCUGGUAAAGAUAAAGUGUUCAGACCAAUGAUAUUUGGAACGACACAGCAUUCAGAUCACUCCGAUCUGUUGCGAAACAAGCACUUGAAUUGGACUAUUGAAAUGGUAGAAAAAAUGGUAAAUUCUAGUAUUAUUGGUGAGAAAAAUUUGACAUCUUCCAUAUUCAAGCAUUUCAAUAAAUCAUAUGAAGGCCUUGUUGGAUUGAUAUCUUCAAUACGUACCAUUUGUCCCCUUGUGAGCUUGGCUCGAUUGCGUCUUUCUGCUCCUAUGUAUGUGGUGAUGGGUGCCGGAGCGGGUGGCGGUGCUGUAGGCUCUGGAAUAGCUGGAAUUAACUCGGAUGUGGAAGCCAUUCUUGGUACUUUCGACUCAGAAGGACCUGAACAGCGGCGUUUUAUGGCAGCCAUGCAACAGCUUUUCUAUUAUUACGUUUGGCAUGGUAGAUUAUCUGGACCGGAAACUGGAUUAAUCGCAGUGGCACAAGAUUUACUGCCUCUGCAUGGACUUCCUGUUUGCGACUUAUUAAUUCAAGAAGAUAUAGUGCCAAGGUAUGCACAUGUUGACUAAAAGGAGUUGUAUAAUCAGUGUAUGUAUAUUUGUGUGUAGGUUAUGGAAAUUAUAUUGGAGUACCAAAGUAACAUUUUGACAGUUAAGUUUUCGUUUAGAAGAACUUAACGGUGAUUACAUUCAUACUAACAUUAUAAAUUAUUCAUAUUAGAUCGGCCUAAAUUUUAUUCCGUCUCGUUUGUCGAAUUGGCACUGGAAUUCAAGACUAUAGGAAAUGGAAGAAAUGUCUUGAUUAAGUAUUAUGUAAACAAUUGGCUCUUAUGGCAAUGUUAUAAUCGGUUAUAAAUGUGAUGUAAACAAAAUUAUUACCUUCAUAAGAUAAUAAUUUUGUUUACAACUUUUUUAUAAAAUUGAUUAUUAAAACAGUUCAUUCAUUAUUCAUCAUAUGUCUGUAUGAAAUACUGUCACAUACCUAUACGCUAGGUAUAAACAGUGUAGACUUUUUUUUAUAAAUGUAUUCAAAUAAUGUGUGGUGAUAAAAUUUCUAUUACUCCAUUAUUGUACUGUAUUUGUGUUUGUUUCAUGUGUAUGCUGAAGCAGACCACGUUUGUUUUUUUUGUUUUGCACAGUUACUGCUUCAAUUUGUGUAUUUGCUUUUCUUAAAAUAUAAAUGCAUAUCAACCAAUGAUACUCAUAGUUUAGGCUAAAUGGAUUAGGUUAGUUUGUUUUAUUUUUU